UAAAUUGAAAGUUGAUGGAAUAAAUUUUCCCUAGGCCUAUAGCUAUAGAAAUGCUUUUAUUCAGUAAGUAACAGCCUUUAUAAUAAUUGCAAAUUGAUGUGCUCUUCACAAGAACCACUUACAGAUGUGAUUUAAAAUUUCAAAGUAGAAGACCUAGUCAUAAUGGCCAGCAAUAUCACCAGAGCACAGGAGAUAAUUCUCUGUCAUCUUUGUGAUAUCGAUGCCAAAGCUGCUGCACUUCUCUGUAAUUCCUGUCAGGUCAACUUAUGCGAAGAAUGCGUAGGAAAACACUAUAUGACGUCAUCGUCUUCCGCACACGAAAUUGUUAAAUACAAAGACAGGAAGUUCCAUCUUAUUUUCACAAACUGCGAGUCUCACAAAAGUGAAAAAUGCACCGUGCAUUGUCAAAACUGUGAUAUACCAGUCUGCAUAAAAUGUUUAACAGGGGUCCAUAGGGGACACGAGGCUUCUGAUCUCUCGAAAAUAGUUGAAUCAAAAAAGCGCCAGAUCAUAGAAAACACUGCUCACCUUGAAAAUCUAAUUCCUCAGUUUGACCAAGCCGAUGCAAGGAUCGCAACAAGUUUGGCAGACUUUAUUUCAAGGUGUGAUGAAUUGCAGAUAGCUGUUAACAAAUUUGGAAAAGAAUGGCAUCGUAUCGUGGAUGAAAUCGUCGAUAAAAAUAAAAAAGACAUCGCCAAGAUGAAAGAAGAUGGAAUUCGAGAAAUAGGAGAUUACCAAGACGAAAACAAGAACACACA